ACCCACCGGGCCGCCUGUCCCGCUUGCCCUCACCGCCGCGGGGCUGGCUAGGCUAGCCGGGCUGGGGACAGGCGGCCACCUCAUCACCGCUGCCGCCGCCGCCGCCACCGCCGCUAUGCUGGCCGCUCGCCCACCUCACUGGGGCCCCCAUCGCACUCCAGCCCCCCAUGGGCCCAGCGCCAGCCCUGACCCGGGUCUCAGCGGCGGUGGCAGCCGAGGUGCAGGAUGCGAGAAGGCGCCCCCCGGCCGGGCUCCCGCUCCAGGCCUCACACCCCUGCGGCCCUCUGAGCCCACCAUGGCCGUCCCACCAGGCCAUGGUCCCUUCUCUGGCUUUCCGGGGCCCCAGGAACACACACAGAAGUGCCUUGGAGGUGAAGGCCUGUGCUGUGUCUGCUCCUCUCCACCACAGGUAUUGCCUGAUGUGCGGCUACUGCCCCGGAGAUUGCCCUUGGCCUUCCGGGAUGCAGCCUCAGCCCCGCUGCGCAAGCUUUCAGUGGACCUCAUCAAGACCUACAAGCACAUCAAUGAGGUAUACUAUGCGAAGAAGAAGCGGCGGGCCCAACAGGCACCACCCCAGGACUCAAGCACCAAAAAGGAGAAGAAGGUCCUGAACCACGGUUAUGACGACGACAACCACGAUUACAUUGUGCGCAGUGGCGAGCGCUGGCUAGAGCGCUAUGAGAUUGACUCUCUUAUUGGCAAAGGCUCCUUUGGCCAGGUGGUGAAAGCGUAUGACCACCAGACUCAGGAGCUGGUGGCCAUCAAGAUCAUCAAGAACAAAAAGGCCUUCCUGAACCAGGCACAGAUUGAGCUGCGGCUGCUGGAGCUGAUGAACCAGCAUGAUACAGAGAUGAAGUACUACAUAGUGCACCUUAAGCGGCACUUCAUGUUCCGAAAUCAUCUGUGCCUGGUGUUUGAGCUGCUGUCUUACAACCUGUAUGACCUCCUACGCAACACACACUUUCGAGGAGUGUCACUGAACCUGACAAGGAAGCUGGCCCAGCAGCUUUGUACAGCUCUGCUCUUUCUGGCCACCCCCGAGCUCAGCAUCAUCCACUGCGACCUCAAACCUGAGAACAUCCUGCUCUGCAACCCUAAGCGCAGUGCCAUCAAGAUCGUGGACUUUGGCAGCUCCUGCCAGCUUGGCCAGCGGAUCUACCAGUAUAUCCAGAGCCGCUUCUACCGCUCACCCGAGGUGCUCCUGGGUACACCCUAUGACCUGGCCAUCGACAUGUGGUCCCUGGGCUGCAUCCUUGUGGAGAUGCACACCGGAGAGCCCCUCUUCAGUGGCUCUAAUGAGGUGGACCAGAUGAGCCGUAUUGUGGAGGUGUUGGGCAUCCCUCCCGCACCCAUGCUGGAACAGGCACCCAAGGCUCGAAAGUACUUUGAGCGGCUGCCUGGGGGUGGCUGGACCCUACGAAGGACAAAGGAACUCAGGAAGGAUUACCAGGGCCCUGGGACACGGCGGCUGCAGGAGGUGCUGGGCGUGCAGACGGGCGGGCCCGGGGGCCGGCGGGCGGGGGAGCCGGGCCACAGCCCCGCCGACUACCUCCGCUUCCAGGACCUGGUGCUGCGCAUGCUGGAAUAUGAGCCGGCCGCCCGCAUCAGCCCUCUGGGCGCUCUGCAGCAUGGCUUCUUCCGUCGCACGGCCGACGAGGCCACCAACACGGGCCCGGCAGGCAGCAGUGCCUCCACCUCGCCGGCGGCCCUUGACACCUGCCCCUCCUCUAGCACCGCCAGCUCCAUCUCCAGCUCUGGAGGCUCCAGUGGCUCCUCCAGCGACAACAGAGCCUACCGCUACAGCAACCGAUAUUGUGGGGGCCCAGGGCCCCCCAUCACUGACUGUGAGAUGAACAGCCCCCAGGUCCUACCCUCCCAGCCUCUGCGCCCCUGGGCAGGGGGUGAUGUGCCCCACAAGACACAUCAAGCCCCUACCUCUGCCUCAACAGUGCCAGGGACUGGGGCCCAGUUACCCCCACAACCCCGUUGCCUUGGACGACCCCCAUCACCAACAUCACCACCACCCCCCGAGUUGAUGGAUGUGAGCCUGGUGGGCAGCCCUCCGGACUGCUCUCCACCUCAUCCAGCACCUGCCCCCCAGCACCCGGCUGCCUCAGCCCUCCGGACUCGGAUGACGGGAGGUCGACCACCUCUCCCACCCCCUGAUGACCCUGCCACUCUGGGGUCUCGCCUGGGCCUCCAUGGUGUACCCCAGAGCACAGCAGCCAGCUCAUGACCCUGCCCCCUCCCUGGGGCCCCCUCCUGAAGCCAUACCCCCCCAUCUGGGGGCCCUGGGCUCCCAUCCUCAUCUCUCCCCUUGACUGGACUUGCUGCUACCCAGCUGGGGUGGGUGAGGCCUGCACUGACUGGGGCCCAGGGCAGGGGGUCAAGGGAGAGGAGUUUGGCCACACCCUCCCCGCUAAGACUGGACCCUUGGUCCCCCUCCCCCCCCCCCCUGUUUUCUAUUUAUUGUACCAAAGACAGUGGUGGUCCGGUAGAGGGGAGAUUCCCCCUUACCCAGGGCCCUAGGAGGGGGUGGGGGCAGGUAGGGGGAGAUGGCCUUGCUCCUCCUCGCUGUACCCCCCAGUAAAAAGCUUUCUCACAUGCCUGCCUGAGCGUUUGCAGGGCCUUGGCUCCCUCCCCUGAUCCUCAGAGGCAUGGUGGGGAAGGUUGUCUGGGGAAGGGGUGCUUUGUGGUGUGGGUCUAUCCCUCCUGGGGACAUCAUAGUUCUUGGUGCAGGCAUGGGGCAGCAGGAGAUUGGUGGGCUGAGGAACCUGGAUACAAGAACCCUGGCCCGUACUUGCCUUUUCCAGGGUGAAGGCCUCCUGGCCUAUCGCUAGGAAUUGUGCUGGUCUGCCCUCAUCGGCCAGGGCUUCCACAGAGCCGGGCCCACACAGAGGUGGCUCUUGUUCUGUCAGGCAGGCAUCCGGUAGGUUGUGGAUGUAUUUGGCAGGCCUCCUUAGGUACCAUCGGGGGAGCAGACAGACAGUGGGUACAGAUUUUACUCCACCCAUGUCCAGCCCCACUCUGCAGUCAUUGCCAGUAUUGAGAUUCUCGGGCAAAAGACUCUCCCUGACCUCCAGGUAAGUGAUUUUUUUUUUUUUUUUUUUUUUUUUUUUUUUGUUUCCAUGGCAAUUUGGAACCAUCUGUCUCCCAACCAGUUUCUAAGAAUCACCUGGUUCUUGCACAAGGGGGGAGUGUAGUGGUGAUUCCUGGGAGAUGGAGUUCUACAAGGCCAGCUCUUUGCUUACUUUUCUUGGGAACUACAAAGCCCAGAAGUCUCUGCACACAUGGCUGGGGAUUGUUGUUCAAUAAACUGUAGGGCAUUAUGGCUCAGAUGUUGGAGGAUCUAUGGUACAG